AUGAAUACAUUAUUUGAUAAUUAAAUUAAAAUUUUGACAAAUAAAGUUCUUCUAUAAAGUUUUUUAAAAAAUUAUUUCUAAUAUGAAACAAAUUUUGGUUUUAAACAAGUUAAAAUUGAAGAAAAAUAAGGAAUGGUAAAUUAAGUAUUUCACUCUGUAGCUGAUAAAUAUGAUUUAAUGAAUGAUGUUUUAAGUUUAGGAAUCCAUAGAUGUUGGAAAGAUGAAUUUGUAAAUGAUUUAGGAAUAUUAAGAUUAACUAGAAUUCAAGAAAAAGAUUAAAUAAUAGAAUAUCCUGCAAAAAUUAUCGAUGUUGCAGGAGGAACAGGAAACAUAGCAUUUAAAAUACUUGAUAAACAUAAACAAAUAGGAAAUUAUUCAUAAUCAAAAAAUUUGAAAAUAACUGUUUUUGAUAUAAAUGAAAGUAUGUUAGAAAUUGGUAAGAAAAGAUCACAAUAAAAAAACUUAAAUUAAAAUGGUAUAAAAAUAUAUUGAAAUAAAUUAAAAAUAAAAAUAUGAAAUAAAAGAAAUUGAAUUUGUAUGCGGUAACGCUGAAGAGUUAAAAUAAUUUGAAGAUAAUACAUUUGAUGCAUAUACAAUAGCUUUUGGUAUUAGAAAUGUUCCAAGAAUUGAUUAAGCUUUAAAUGAAGCAUAUAGAGUAUUAAAAAAAGGAGGAAGAAUAAUGAUUUUAGAAUUUUCGAAAGUUCAAAGUUUUCCUUUAAAUGAAAUAUAUAGAUAAUAUAACUCUAAUUUAUUACCAUUUUUAGGUUAAUUUAUUGCUGGAGAUAGAGAAUCUUAUUAAUAUUUAGCAGAAAGUAUUGAAAAGUUUCAUGAUUAAGAAAGUUUGCUUAAUUUAAUUGAAUAAAGUGGAUUUAAAUAUGUUUCUUACAAAAAUUUGAGUUAAGGUAUUUGUGCCAUCCACACUGGGUUUAAACUUUGA